UUGGUUGGUUGGUUGGUUCGUUGGCAGUAUCAAUACUCGUUUUCUAGCUCGUUUUAUUCGUUUUUGGCGUCCCUUCGCUCGUCUCUGCGGCAUCAUUCCGCGUGUGUCGUGAUGACGGGCGACGUGCGCGUGUUACCGAAACAGUAAACAAGUAAACCCGCUACAAACACCACCUUUGCGCGCGGAGUGUCGACGAUAAUGCGCUAAACUCGGGGAGCAGAGCACAGGCCGGCAAUGUUUACGGCACCAACGACGGCGACGAUGACGACGGUGACUGCGAUGAGUGUAACCUCGAAUACUGUCCAGACUGCGUCUCCGUGGAGGCCCCAGUUACCGCUACCGAAGGACGCAACAGUUCAUGUGCAGCAGCAGCAGCAGCCGCCGCACCAGCAGCAACAGCCCCAGCAACAGCAGAAGCAACAACAGGAAAUGGAGCGUGUUACGGCAAACAGCAAGAGCAAGGACAAAAAGUGGUCCCUUGGCAGCCUGUUCCGGAAGAAAAAGAAAGAUCUCGAUACGGAUUCGAGCUCGGAGGAGGACCGGAAGGCGGGCUUCGUACCGGUCAAGGGUCACGGAACGUUGAACGGGAAGCGUAAGAAACGCUCGAGUCGUAUCGUCGGUGCUGGAUUCGAUCACAUCGUCGUCAGUCCUCAGCCGCCACCGCAACAGUUGCUUCAACCAGUUCAACAGCAAGUGCUGCUACCACACCAGCAGCAUCAUCAUCAUCCGCAGCAGCAGCAGCAGCAGCAGCAGCAGCAACACACUCCACAGCAGCAUCACAAUCAGUACGGGUUCCGGGAGAGCGAUAGCAUCAAUUCGAUCGAUCGGUACACCGCCAAUGGAUCGCUUGAUCGGCGCACCGGCAGGAAGGAAGUGCGUGGCGGUGGCAUCGUCCGGAGAAACUCGAAGGAACGACAAUCAUCCAGCGAUGAGGAAUCACACCGAUCCUCCUCGAUGUCACGCUUCCGGAGUGAUGACAGCCUCGGUAAUCACAGUGCGGGAUCGCAUCGCAAAUCACGUACGGCCCGUACGGAGCGCUACCUAAAACGGAUGUCCGGUAGGGAUGAUGGUCACAGUCCACAGCAGCAGCACCAUCACCAGGCCCUUGCACCUGGGCACGUGAAUCGCUGGCAUACGCAACCGAUAUCGCCCAGUAUGUUGCCACACGGUGGUAGCAUACAAUCGGUUGACGUUGCCUAUCGACGUCCGGCGACACUAGGAUCCCAUCCGAAUCUGCGCAAUUCGGCCAGCCUUACGAAUGUCCAUGGUGGGGUGCAUGGUCAUCAGCUACGGUACGCGGUAUCACCGAGCUAUUCACAUCAGCUACAAUUGCAGCAGCAGCAGCUCCCUUACGCAUCGCAAUCACCGCCAAACCCACAAACGGUGACGUACGAGAACAGUUUCUACAUCCAGAGUAAGGCGAGCUCGAUGAGGGAUGCGAUCCGUAGUCCACCUCCGAUUCCACCGAGGGAUCCCCAGCGUCGGCUAACGAUCGGUCACACCAACGAGGCUCGUCCCGUAUCGUACGCCUUCGAUCGCUAUCAUCAACUGCAAGGAGCGAACGGUGCGAAUGGAGGAAGCAACAUAUGGCAAUCGAAUGGCAAAUGCAACAGCGAGGAUCGACUGUGGGUUGGUGGACAAUCGGCGAUGGUUCAACGAACGCCACCGCCACCUUCGAUGCACGGCGGUGCUGGCUUUACCGUCACACCACCGAGAGCUUCCUCGGUACAGCCUGCUGAGUUGCAUCAACACCACCAUCAUCACCAUCAACACCAGCAGCAGCAGCAGCAGCAAUCGCAGCAACCUCAGCAGCAGAAACAACGUUACAUCUCCCGUCAGCAGCAACCGCAAGCGGUGGUACAUCCACCGAGUACGCCACCCUCCAAUGUCGCUUACCAUCAUCAUCAGCAUCAUCAACAGCAGCAACAGCAGUACCAGCAGCAUCAGCAACAACAACAACCUCACUAUCAUCACGCUGCAACGCUUCCAGUCCAGACACCUCCAACUCAGCAACAACAGCGACCUGGUGGUGAGUGGCGCUACAUAACGGAUGUAACGCCACGAUCGCGUAAACCGAUCCAGGUCCAGGAUCGUACCUUUGAGCCGUACGAACCGAAACGUUCGCCACAGCCAGCACCGACGGGCAGUGAGUCCUCGCUGGUUUACAGUGGCAACACGACACCAUCCGGUAUCGCUACGCGCUCCACCCCGAGAUCAGUUCGAGCGGAUAGCUCCGAGUCGGUCAACGGAACGGCCAGUGGUUCCCGUACACCACAGCAAUCCGCUUCGGCUUUUUGGCGCAAAAUUGAAGAGGAACAGAGUGCUGCAUCGGGAUCAGUGGCUACUACCGCAAACCGUCGCGGAAGAGCUACCGAGCGUCGGCCAGGUGUGGCCGGAACGGCCGUUUCAUCGCGCUCGGUGUCCACCUCCCGGGCGCUAGAGAUUAUGAAUCGUCGAAAUCAGGAGUUGACUCGGGAGCUGGAUCAUCUACUGGAUGAUAAGCAGCAACAGCAGCAGCAGCAGCAGAGUGAUGAGAAUGUCGUCAGUGGACGGUUGUAUCUGCGGCAAGCUGAUGCCAACCAGACGACGGUCCGAUCGCCGAACGAGAAGAUGUACGAGGUGAAGGUUAAAACGUCCAGUCGUCCACUGAAUGGUGCUAAUAUGGCGGCGGCCUCAUCACCAGAGAAGGCAGCCAACAAGUACGAGGAACAUGUUGCUAAGACGGUCGCUGGAUCCCAGACCGUCUACCGGCGUUACGGUGGUGAUAAGCAGCCUGAAGUUCCAGCACCGACACCUCCGAUGCGUACGAUUUCGAAGCGGAACUCCUGCUCCGAGGAGGAACUGGCCAGGAAGCGUAAAUCGGCCAACCUUGAGGAAGCGAUCAGUGAGCUGGAAGCGAUCUACAAAAGCCUCAAGCUGAGCGAUGAAGAUUUACUCGAGCGGGCAGAGCAACGUGAUCUACCGACACCGACCGGGUUCAGUCAUCGUGCGCGCACCUACCGCUACGAUCCCGAUCCGGAGGACGAUCGUGCGAAACCGGAACCCGAUCUACGACUCGACGAUUUGAGUUAUCGCAGCAUUAAGCGCGCGAACAGUUCGCUGAAGACGACAGACAACCAACCACCGUUCGGUAUUCCCGUUGGUCCGAUUCCACCGCCUCCAACGACGGACUAUCUGACGGUACAGCCACCGUCCAAGCAGCAGACACCACGCUUCGUGCCCCGUCAAUCGCCGGACCUCGUAGCGGAUGAUCUCGCCUUCCGGCAACUGCGCAAGGAUAAGGAUCUGCACGCUAGCUUGGAUAGGAAGCCGGCACCUGCGACGACGCCUACGACGACGACGUCCGUGCCAGUGUCCGGUAACACGAGCAGCGGAUCGGAGGAAUCACGCGUCACGAAGCGUAACUCGGGAUCGACCUACUACACGCAGAUCCAGCGUGAUGCGGCCAAACCUUCGGGCGGUAAUUUGGAAGACUACUACAAGCUUGAGCUGUACGCCAAGAGUCUCCGCGAAUCGAGCAGCCCUGCAAAGACGGAGAAGCCCCAACAGAGGAAGGAAUCAACACCCGGUGCGUCCUCACAAACCGUUGAAGUACGCGCCAAGAGUGGAUCACCACCAAAGGAUCGCAACCGUGGUGCGGUCUUUAACCUUCCCUCGACGCUCAAAUCCAGCUCGAGUGGCAGUCCUCCGAAGAGCCCCCGAUCGUCGGAUGGUGGCAGUGAACCAUCGAGCGUCACACCAACGCCCAGACCCCGGUCUGGCACGGAACCGGUGAUCGUCGGUGCGAAGCAUAAGGCCGAGUUCGAGGAAAUCCUGAAUGCGAUCGCACUGGAGGCACAGAAUACGAGCGAGAAGCUGGGCGCCGAUUUGGCCGAGCUGCGCAAGGAAACCCUCUCGGUAUCGAGCGGAACGAGCCCGGAGACGAAGCCGAAUCGUCGGAAUGCGGUCAACAAAACGGUGGCCGGACCAUCGGCAGUAGUCGCUGCCACCGACGUCAAGGUGACGCAGAAGCACUCGAACGAGAUCGAUCAGGUAGCCGAAGCGGCCAAAUACUGCGAGCAGAUGCUUCGUGGUGUGAUUGAGGAGACCGGCACGGUAAAGGCACCAUCGGUGGAACCGGAAGAGACCAAGGUGGUGCCGGAAGUGACCAUGAUCGGACGGGUCAUCCUCGACAAACCGACGAUCGUGAUCGAGUCGAAGGUGGUGGAAGAACCGGUGGUGGAUGUACCGACGGAACCGGUUCACCCGAUCAGCGGCGAACUGAAAUCGGGUGUCUCCAGUGCAGUGGAGGGACUGAUCGCUCAACUAACACCAGCCGGUAGCUUCGAGGCGCUCAGCAAACGGUGCCAGGAACAGUUGAGUGAGCUGGAGGAUCCACUGACCUCGGACGGUGGUGCUGCUGGUGGCGAUGAGCGGGUAAAGUCUUCGAUCGAGCGCGAUUAUGAUAAUCUGGUCGAGAGCAUCAAUCCGUUCGAGUCGGAUACGGAUAAGAAAUCGACGGAAGAGGAGAUCGAUCUGAUCAUGAAGGAGUGUGGCAUCGAGUUGGAACUGAGCUCGGCAUCCAGUGUUGCGCCAGCGCAGAGCAAAUCGUUGGCUGCUAUACCAGGCGUUCAGGCACCGCAGAAGGUAACGGCCAGUGCACAGGUCGAUCUCGGUGAUAUCGAUCGUUCGGUCGUACGGGAGCGCGUAUCAUCGGUCGAGUGUCUGAAGCCGAGUGUGAUCGCGGCGGAACAACGUAAGCGAUCCAGUUCCUCCCGGUCACCGCCGGUAUCGUCCUCGGUCCGGUUGACCCCGUCCGAUACGGAGUCGCAGUACAACUCGUCGGAGGAGCUGGCCAUGAUCUUCGGCAUCAAGAGUCCAUCACCGCCAGGUAAAGGAGCAACCCCCGUGCGUGUGCCGCUUUUGUCGUUGUCGUUGUUGCCGUCGUGUGCCACCAGCCAACCCCCAAAGCAAUCCCCGUCCUCUAAAGCUCCCAGCGAUCCGGAGCAGACCACACAGGCGGCUACCACGGUACCAUCAGCGAUCACUGCCGAUGAGCAUGAUGGUGGUGAAGCUGAUGGUGAUCGGGAUGGCGAUGCCGGUGUGGUCUUCUCCGUGACCGUACCCAGCAUCUCACACCUGGCCCGUAAACCCCCUAGUACCACCAUUACUACUACUACCACCACUAGCACCACCGUGGCGAGUGUUGCGUGUCGCUCCGCUACUAAUAGCAUCAAUGCUUGUAACAACACUGUCACUACCAACCAACAACACACCACCUCCACCACCACCGCCACAAACACCGCUACCACUCAGCACGAUAGUGACACCAGCGCCACCACGCAUGACCUAGAAGAGGACAGUGAGGUGCAUGAAGUAGAACCGGAACCGAUCGCCCAGAUCGAGAGCUUCUAUCUGAUGCGCAGCAGUACGACGCUGCUGCCGCACAAUCUCGAUACGAUCCAUGAGGAUUUAGAGGAGGAAACGAAUCCGGCCGAUGGUGGCGAAUCGACGACCACGGAUUCGGGCAAUGUGAGCCUGAACGAUUUCGGGUGCGAAGGUACGGUCACUAAGGAACCGGCUACGUUCGUGAACGAGAUGCAGAUUGGACCGCAGGCGCCGGGAUUGAUCGGUUACUAUCCGUUCCGGUCGGUGCUUCAGAUACCGGAGAUUUUCAUCGAAGAUGUCAGCACGCAGGAGGAAGAGGAAGAGCAGGAGGAGCAGAAGGUUGAAGAGUCCACCGUUUCCACCGUACAGGAAGCUGGUUCCACUGAUGAUGAGCUGAGCGACACCGAAGAUCCGCAGAUGGAGACGUUUGCUGAACUGGAGCGAUUGGAAGCGGAGCGGCUGCGCCAGGAAGCAGUACGUGAUGCGCUGGUUCCGAAACGGUCAACCAACAGAAACGACGGUUCCAGCUGUAGCCGGACGGGUCGAACGGAUGGUGGUGCCACGAAGCGCAAGGGUAGUAGCAGCAGCAACAGCAGUAGCUUGGUGCAACCGCAGCAUGUCGUUCUUGCAUGUACUUACGGCUUAGCUAAUAGUAACAUUGAUUACAUUAAUGUUUUUGCGAUCAUCAUUGCCAUCAUUAUACUGUUCGCACUUAUGGUAAUCUAGAGAGCAAGAGCAAAAGCAAGAGAGAGAGAGAGAGAGAGAGAAAGAUAGAAUAGUUAGAAUGGGGAUUCUGGGCACAUUCCACGCUCUACGAGCACUUUGGGUGGGUGGCAAGUCACCAUCGCACUAGAACGACAUGCACUGACCACCAUUCCAUUUGCCAGGCAAUGCAGAAGGACAAGAUUCUUAUGGAGAGGAGUGACAAAAAGGUAGACAGUGGAGGAAGAACGAAUCUCUUGCGAUCUACUUUCAAUCCUUGGUGUGUCCCCACACACCAAACCAGGAAAGUGUCGACGAACGAGAUUUUGAAUUCUUCUUCCGCUGCUACCUAUUG